AUGAAUAAUCCUGAAAACCAACCUGAGCAAGGGUGGUACCUGCGGGAACUGACCACUGCCAUCCUGUCUGUGUCCUGUGUCAUUGGAGUCCUGAGCAAUGGACUGGUGCUGUAUAUGACCAUUUUCCAGAUGGCUCACAUUGUCACCACCAUUUGGUUCUUCAACCUGGCCCUAGCUGACUUCACUGUCCUCCUGUCCCUGCUCAUCUCUAUCUACAACAUGGCAUGGCCAGUGACCCUCUGGGCAUGCAAAAUCUACAUGGUUUUUUUCUGGCUUAACUUUUUCACCAGCAUCUACCUUCUGGUCUUCAUCUCUGUGGAUUGCUGCAUCUUGCUCCUCUACCCAGACUGGGCCUGGAGCCACCACAGUAUGAAGAGAGUCAUUUGGUUGGCUAUCCCUGUGUGGCUUUUGGCAGCCACUGUCUGCUCUCCAUACUUCAAGCGACAGAAGGCAGUGACUAUUACUUGUUUCCUGUUGUGUUUCUUGGUGUUCUUGGUCAUCACUGGCACCUGUGCCCACCUCAUCCGUACCAAGCUCUGGAGGGAGGAUUUGGUCCACAUCAGCAGGCCCAAGAGACUGCUGGUGGUGUUGGUGAAAGUUUUCACCUUCUGGGUUCCCUUGAAUGUGGCGCUUCUGGUCGAGUGGGGGAGGCUAAUGAUGUCGCCAAACCAAUCUCACUAACCCUAGAUGCUACUUAUCUUGUGGACCACCUUCUCCUUAAGCUACCCCAACACCUGUCUCAACCUGUUCCUCUAUGUUUUCAUAAGCAGAAAUUUCCAACAAAAAAUUUUCCGGUCUCUGUUUUCUGCCCUAGCCAGAUCGUUUGGGGAAGAAGGUUUUAUCUCAUCCUGCCCCUGAGGCAAAGCCCCCCCCCAUGGGGGGGGGAGGAUGCUUGAAACCUGCAGGAGGAAACCAGAAGUCUUCCUUCAUAGCCAGUUCCAAAUGGAGACACUGGGCAGUGGCUUCCACUCAUGCCUCAGUUUCCGCCCGGGUAUCAAUCAAGUGGGCAAUGAAGGCGCCAGCCGGCCUGCGGAGGUGGGUGGCAGUGGGGACCCUUCCCCCACCCAGCCCAUGCGCGAGGGGAGUCGGGGCGCGGCGGGACGCGGCGCUCCACGCGAGCAGCCUGCGGUGUUUGGCUUUCCGAGUGAGCGGCUGCAGCAGGUACCCCUGGGAGGCCUGUGA